AUGGCGACGAGUUCUACCUUUACGAACGGUGCGAAAGGCGCCUCCUUUUGCGCCUCGUCGUUCUCACGCGGAGGAGGGAAAAGAGACAACGGGGUUUUCAUUGGGACGGUAAAAAACGGCGAGAAGUCGUUUGUGAAAGGUUUUGGUCGAGGAAACGCGAGCGCAAAAGUUCGCGGGAAAAAAACGAACGUUGAUGAAUCAUCAUCGUCGAAAGGAAAAGAAGGGAAAAAACAGAAGAAGAUGCCGGGAGACGAAGAGGAGGAGGAAGACGAGGAGGAGUUUGAGUACGAGGAAGUCGAGGUGGACGAAGAUGGAAACGAAAUAAUAGCGACUGAAGGUUCUUCUGAAGGAGAAGAAGAGGAGGAUUUAGAUGCAUCCGAUCUGGCGCCGACAAAAAGGAGCAGCACUAAAGAAAAGAAAGGCGUCCAACAAACGGUGACGAAAUCCAUCCAAAAAGCCUACGAGAACGAAGGCAUUCGCAACUUAUCCUACGUGGUUGGCGUCUUUCUCGCCGGGACGUUAGGGUGGAGCAUAUAUAAAGUCUACCGAAGAUCCACGUCGCGAAGGGCGGUGAGGAAGAAGACGGUGAACAAAAACGUACUCGUGAUUGAACGUUUGAAACCGUUCUUUCCGAACGAGCGAGAAUCGAUGACCCGAAACGUCGCGAAAGGAAUCGCCCGCUCCACUGGGUUUACCACGCAGGAGGUGUUUAGGAAAUAUCUGAGGUAUAAAAUGGUCGAAGAACCGUUCACGGGAGCGUUUGUCGAGGACAUUUUAGCGCUGAAGAACGCGUGCGAGUUAACGCCGAAACAAAUGUCCGAGAUCCUGUCCGAAAGCGCGGCGAGAAUGGUGAAAAAGUACGGGACGUUGAUUUUAGACGUCUCGGAGCUGACCAAGAGCGGCGCGGAGCGUAAAAUGAUCGCCGCGCAGAUGUUUUCAAAGUUGUGUUAUUUAGCCGAUUUGCCGGCGUUGGUGGAGGACCAAGAGGUUGCCGCGGAAACCGGUCAAAAGUUGAAAGAGUUGUUCGGAGCCACGGACGAGGAUUACGCGAGAUUAAGAGUCGAUUCCUUGUCGGAGAGUUCAGACGUCUCCGUCCUCGAAAAAAUGAGCGGCUUUGACAAAGCGAAAGGAGGCGGGUCCGGCGGGAGUAGUAGCGAAGAUGAGAAUAAAGACGAAUCGUCGGAAGCCGGCGGCGUAUGA